AUGUCUCUAAAAAUCGUUUUUCUCGUCGUUUGUCUUCAAAUCUCGGUUUCUUUGACUCUAAAGUCGUGUCAAAUCCGAGAAAUUGAUUCUUGUUUUAUCUCUUUUGUGUCCACUUUUGACUCCAAUCGACCGCUUCCCGAAUCUCAAGAACAAACUCAAGAGUUUUGCAAAAAUAUCAACAAAACUCAAGAAUGUCUCGAAAAAUACGAAAAAAGAUGUUUUUCUUCUCUUCAAAGCGAAACCAUUCGUUGGAUGUCUCGUCCCUUCGCGAAAAUCCAAACCACACUCUGUCCGACUCCGACCACAUCCCCGGCCACUCUCGAGCAAAACCAAUGUCUGAAUUCGGUUCUGAAGUCCGAAAACUGUUUCCAAAGACUAAACACUUCUUUAAUGAAUUCGAUUUCCAAUGAAUUCAAAGGAAAACGUUUUUCGACUUUUUGUUGUUCUUUUUCUUUCACCGAAAACUGCAUUCAAAACAAAUCUAAAACUCUUUGUCCGCAAAAACAUCCGAUUCUUCCGUUUCUUCGACAAACUCUCGAAAUGUUUUGCGGAAAAUCAUCUGAAUUUUGUCCGAAAGAAGAUAUUUCGCCGAAAGAAACUCAACUUUCUUUUGAUUUCCCGCUAAUUGCGCGAUCUUUGGCCGCAAUUUUCGGAAAUUAA